AGAGAACCACAACAAAGUGUGAGAAGCAACAACAAUCAAGAUGCCACGCUGGAAAGACAGAAGUUUCACUUGAGCGUCAUGAGCUAGCAAGGCGCCCCUAGCAGAUCUCUAACUCUGGACUUCUUUUUUUUUUUUUUCUUUUUCUUUUUUUUAAGCAAACUUCUAGCCUGCACACACAAAAUAAAUUUUGGAGACACGCUCUCCUUCCCUCUGGAGUACUUGUUAACACCUGCUAUGCCUCUGUAAGAAGUGUUCGCCAUGCCAGCCAAGGGAAAGUACUUGUUGAACAACCAAGAGACCAAAAAUGAAGCACUGUACCGCAAAUUCUCCUGCGUCAGCCAGUAUCAGCCGCUGGUACUCAUGCUGGGCCUCUCCAUGCUCUCCUGUGGAAUUCUCCUUAUUCUGUUCUUUGCCCUUGGAUUGAGCGCAGUGCAACAUUAUCCCUUUGUGAGUGUGGUGAGCGCCAGCCUGUGUGUGUUCCUAGCUGUGUUUGUGCUGGUGUGUACAGACAUGCUCUCACAGCGAUGGAGGCGUCCUCUAGGCUUGAUUGUAUGGGUAACAUACCUCACCUUGGGCUACACCUUCAUCUUCAGCGGCUGUAUCCUCUUGCCUUGGGACCAGGUGCCUUUAUUCCUCUUCAUCAUCUUCUCCGUAUACACAAUGCUGCCAUUCCAGCUGAAGGAUGCUGUAGCGCUGAGCGUCAUCUCCUCCCUGUCCCACAUUUUGGCCCUCACAAUAUACUUCAAGCUUUCCAGCAAAGAGACCAAUUAUCUUGCCAACCAGAUGCUGUCCAACGCAGUGGUGUUUCUGUGCGGCAGUGUGGUGGGAGCCUUUCAUAAGGUCCUAAUGGAGAAAACCCUGAGGCAGACUUUCCAGGACACCCUGAGGUCCCUGAGGAUGAGGAUGAAGCUCGAGAUAGAAAAGAGGCAACAGGAGAACCUGCUGCAGUCUGUGCUGCCAGUCUACAUCUCCAUGAAGAUGAAAUUGACAAUAAUGGAGCGCUUGCAAGACUGUAAAGACAAAGAAGAGCAACAGCGACUCGUCAAAGAUAACAACUUCCACAGCCUUUAUGUCAAGAGGCAUGAAAAUGUCAGCAUUCUCUAUGCUGACAUUGUCGGUUUUACCCGAUUGGCCAGUGACUGUUCUCCCAAGGAGCUGGUCAUCAUGCUCAAUGAACUGUUUGGCAAAUUUGACCAAAUUGCCAAGGAAAAUGAAUGCAUGAGAAUCAAGAUCCUUGGAGACUGCUACUACUGUGUGUCUGGGCUGCCGGUCUCACUGCCUAAACAUGCCAAGAACUGUGUCAAAAUGGGCCUGGACAUGUGUGAAGCCAUCAAGCAGGUACGGGAGGCCACAAGAGUAGAUAUCAACAUGAGAGUGGGUGUUCACUCGGGCAAUGUACUCUGUGGUGUGAUCGGACUUCGUAAAUGGCAGUUUGACGUAUGGUCACAUGAUGUUACUCUAGCCAAUCAUAUGGAGUCAGGAGGGGUUCCAGGACGUGUCCACAUCACAGAGGCGACUCUGAAGCAUUUAAACAAGGCAUACGAAGUGGAAGAGGGCAACGGCCACCUCAGGGACCCUUACCUAAAAGAGCUCAAUGUCCAGACCUACCUAGUCAUUGAUCCACGGUCUAAGGACCCAUCCCUGAAUCUCCAAAAGGCACCUAAGCCUCGGGUGAAUGACGGUCUGAAGAUUCGAGCAUCUGUGCGUAUGACCCGCUACCUUGAAUCCUGGGGGGCUGUCAAACCUUUUGCCCAUCUGCAGAACCGAGAGGGCUUCACCCCAGACACUAUUGUCAAUGGCAAACCACGUUUCAAGGAUAUUCCCCUACGACCAACCCAGAGCUCCAAGAACCCUGAGAGCUUUGAUGAAUCUCUAGAAGAGCCAUUCUCCUUGCCCACCCCUCCGUUCAACUAUAAGAACAAAUCCCAGAAGACUAGGUUUGAUGAGGAGCUGCACAAUGAGAUGACCAUUACCAUAGAUGAGCUCAACAGCAAGCAGUGGUAUAAGUCUGAAGAGAGCAGCAGUUUAGCUCUGUGGUUUCCAAAGAAAGAUCUGGAAAAACAGUAUCGAACCCUGGAUUUGCCCAUGUUCAAACACUAUGUCGGCUGUGCCACCUUCAUCUUCCUCUGUAUCUUCAUCAUUCAGAUGUUUAUCGCAAGGACGCGACAGACAUUGGGGGUGUCAUUCGGAACGUUGUUUUGCGUGCUGCUCCUGGUCCUGGCUAUCUGCUACGCAGGUCACUUACAGCGCCUUUUUCCAGAGAAGCUGUCAAGUUGCCAGUGGCUGCCAGCUGUGUCGGAGGCAGUGGUUAAACAGCCGUGUGUGCGCCUCCCUCUGGCAACCAUCACCACGGCGAUCAUUGUUAUCAUGGCUGUGUUCAACCUGUGCUUCGACCAGGCAGAUAACGACGACUACUCCUGCCUGCCUUACUCUGUCUACUGCUGUAUCCUGUCACUCAUUGCAUGUGGAGUCUUCCUCCGGGUGAGCUUUGAGCUCAAACUGCUCUUCCUCACCGUGGCCUCCACGGCAUACUACGUCCUCAUCCUCAGCACCAAGAAGGACCUCUUUUUUGAAUAUAGCAAACAACUCCAUAACCUUUCAAACUACAGCUACAAUGAGACUGAAGUGAGCAUCCUAGGGCUGGUAAAGCACCCCCAGAUUAUGAGCUGCAUAUAUAUCACACUCUUCCUGGUCACCAUGGUUAUCAUCUCACAGCAGAAUGAGUCCUGCUUCCGCCAGGACUUCCUGCGGAAGUACAAGAACCAGAGAGAGCAGGAUGAGAUCGAGACAAGAGAGAACUUGAACCGCCUGCUGCUGGAAAACGUGCUGCCGGCACACGUGGCAGCGCUGUUUGUCGGGGAGAAUAAGAAGAAUGAGGACCUCUAUUACAAGUCCUAUGACUGUGUGUGUGUGAUGUUCGCUUCAGUGCCGGAUUUCAAAGAAUUUUACACCGAGUGUGAUAUCAACAAAGAGGGACUGGAAUGCCUGAGGCUGCUCAAUGAGAUCAUCGCUGACUUUGACGAGCUGCUGUCCAAACCAAAGUUCAGCGGCGUGGAGAAGAUCAAGACAAUUGGCAGCACUUACAUGGCUGCUGCAGGGCUUAGCGGGACGCCUGGUCAGGAGAACAAUCAGGACAGAGAGCGGCAACACGCCCAGAUAGGGAUCAUGGUAGAGUUUGCCAUUGCUCUGAUGGGCAAGCUGGACGGCAUCAACAGACAUUCCUUCAAUAGCUUCAGGCUUCGCGUGGGAAUUAAUCACGGCCCAGUGAUAGCUGGAGUAAUUGGAGCGAGGAAACCUCAGUAUGACAUCUGGGGCAACACGGUCAACGUAGCCAGCAGAAUGGAGAGCACUGGGGAGCUGGGAAAGAUCCAGGUAACGGAGGAAACCUCUGUCGUGCUGCAGCACCUGGGCUACUCCUGCGAUUGCCGAGGAUUAAUCAAUGUGAAGGGGAAAGGGGAGCUCAAAACCUUCUUUGUGUGCACCGAUAUGAGCAAGCAGCAAGGUAUGGGGCUGAGCUGAGGCCAAGUCAACACAGCCGAAAGAACUGGAGACAAACUAGUUUAAAGACUCCUGUUUGCCACAAAGGCUGACCUGACUGUAACACAGCUGCAUUCCUGUGAUGUUGCUUAAAUUAAGGAUUUUAAAGGAACUACUUUUUUUGCUGCGUGGUGGAGGUUGCAUUCAGCAUUCCAUGGUGAGCGCAGAUGUCUGAGGAGAUGGUCAGUAUGUACAAUCACCAUCUUUUUCUAUUCACAAACAUGUCGAUAUAAGUGAUUAGUCACUUUUGCACCCCCCCCUCCCAAUGUCUCUAAUUUUACGUGAUAGAAAAAAAAAAUUGUAUUGUAUUGUACUAAAUCCAAAUGUCAAUAUUUUGCGAGACCACUCCACACUGGAUGGAUUUUGGUCCUUUUAAAAAAGAGAAAAAAAUGGAUUCUGUAUGAAUCUGAAUUGAAUCUGAAACUUGUUUGAGAGGUGAUGGAAACUCUGCUAUGUUACUGUGUAAUGAGCCAGACAUAAAAGUGUUAAGCUGUUUCAAUGCCAGAAACCACCCGUACAGAAGACAGAAAAACAUUUCUUGCUCCCAUCUACAGAACUAAAAUCCUAGUGUCUCUACUUUGUGGCCAAACUGCAAAUCCUAAAGCAGAUUAAGAUUAGGUUUACAUAACUUUAUGCUCUUCAUGUGACCUUUUAGGGUUUCCAGCUGUGCUGUUUGGCCUUAGGAACAACCAUUUAAUAUUAAAAGAUAUGUACUUUGUUUAUGUAUGCCAUCUGUGUAAGUGUUUUAAUCUGCUCGGAUAAGAGAGCAAUUUUUAGGCGUCUUUGCCUGCCUCUCUCCAUAUAUGCUGUGAUGAAGGGUAUCUGUGACGCUCUCUUUGGUGUCCUCGGUCUGUGUGAUCUAACAACCUGCCUGCUGUGAAUGUUUUUUCUGGCCCCAGCUCAGAGACCACUUAACCUGAUGUGGAUUGCUUUCUGUGCCUCUGAAACUUGUCUUGUGGCCUUAUCCUCUGAGACCAACAUUUUGUCUGUAAUUGUGGUUACAUAAUAUUAACAAUAAUGAUAAUAAUAACAACAAUGUACUGGCCUUUCUGUGAACAAAUGUGACAUUGACCUUUGUACAGUUACAGAAUGUAAUAAAUGUUUUCUAAAGUCUGCAGUUUGU